CCAAGUGUGUAGUAAAUACAAUCGGCUACGCUUAUGUGGCGCGAAUAUGAAGUUUAUAGGUAGUAUUCACAGAACUACGUUCACGGAUAAUCCUAGCUUUUAUCGGGAAUAUACUCUUCACGUGAAAUAUGCCCACAAAUUUUCAGUUUAACUUUUAAUUAACUGCCACACGGUAACAACUGCUCACCGACUCGGUAUCAGAAAAAAAAUGAAUAUAGGUACUCGUUCUGAUUCUUGCCGGGAGAGAAAGCGUUGCUAUUUUACAGUUUGACGAUAUAGCAGAACGUUGUGUGUAAAUGGUGAUUCCAGCAGAGGAAUAACUGAUAAACUCUUGACUGAAACAGAUCGGACUGGACAAGUUGUGCAAGGUCGAGGUCCGAAGGGCAAGGGCUGUUUGAACACCUCAGCUGACUCCGAGCCCAGGCAGGGAGGUUGAUGGUCAGAUGCGGCCACGUUGCGAACCAGACCAUUUGACAGCGGAGGAUCUGGAACCGAUUUCACUGACGCGUGAGGUAACAUCUCAGGAUGGGGUCCAAAAGGAACGGAUUAAAGAAAGAAGGCUUCGUUUUGUCUGUGGACGUGGGGACAACCACCAUCAGAUGUCACGUCUACGACAAGGAAGCAAAAAUCCGAGGAUCAUGCACCACCAAGGUUGUUCUCUUGUAUCCUGAGCCAGGCUUGGUGGAGAUGGACCCAGAGGAGUUAUGGAAAGGCUUUGUUGCUGUUGUCAAAGGAGCUGUGCAAGAUGCAGGAGUACAUAUGUCUCAGCUACUGGCCCUCGGCAUCUCCACUCAACGAGCCACCUUCACAACAUGGGACAGGAAAACUGGGGUUCCUUUCCAUAACUUCAUCAGCUGGCAAGACCUGAGGGGUGCAGAGCUGGUGGGAUCCUGGAACCGCUCCUGCACCAUGAAAACCAUCCAUAGUGCUAUGAAGGUCCUCCACCUCUUGUCAAGACAUAAGCGUUUCCUGGCCGCAAGCCUCAUUGUCUUCAGCACGCAACAUGUCACCUUCCGCCUCAUCUGGGCCCUUGCAAACUACAAACAGCUACGUCAAGCUGUGGCUGAAGGCAACUGUUACUUUGGAAUGAUAGACACUUGGCUCCUGUACAAGCUUACAAAAGGACUUGUUCAUGCCACAGACUAUUCAAAUGCAAGUGCAACAGGGAUUUUUGAUUCCUACCAGAUGUGUUGGAGUGGGUUGCUCUGCUCACUUGUAUCGCUGCCUGUCUCCAUUCUCCCCAAAGUACAGAACACAGGGCAUCACUUUGGCUACACAGAUCCCUCCAUCUUCGGAGCAUCCAUUCCCAUCAUGUCAGUGAUGGCUGACCAGCAGGCGGCCAUGUUUGGAGAGUGCUGUUUUGAUGUGGGUGACACCAAGAUCACCAUGGGAACAGGCACUUUCAUGGACAUUAACACUGGGAACAAGCCGCACACGUCUGUUGCUGGUCUGUACCCUCUGGUGGGGUGGAAGAUCGGCUCAGAAGUGGUGUAUUUGGCAGAGGGCAAUGCAGCGGACACGGGCACCGCUAUUAAAUGGGCACAGGAGCUGGAGUUGUUCUCUGAUGUCCGGGACACCAGUGCCAUGGCCUACAGUGUAGCCGACUCUGAUGGAGUUUGCUUUGUGCCCUCUUUCAGCGGCCUACAGGCUCCUCUGAAUGAUCCUGGAGCCUGUGCCUCUUUCAUGGGCCUUAAACCCUCUACAACCAAAUGCCACCUGGUCCGUGCCAUUCUGGAGUCCGUGGCAUUUAGAAAUAAGCAGCUAUAUGAGACGAUGCUGAAGGAAAUGCACAUCCCCAUCACUAAGAUAAGGGCAGACGGUGGUGUUUGCGCCAAUGACUUUAUUAUGCAGCUUACAGCAGACCUGGUUUGUAGGAAGGUUACCAGAUCCCAACACCACGAAAUGUCAUGCCUAGGCGCCGCUUUCGUCGCUGGACUUGGAGUUGGUUUCUGGAGAAGUCGAGAGGAGCUGAAGCGCCUCCAGAGCCCUGACCGGGUGUUUCUGCCUAAAGGAGCAGGGCGGACGGAUGGAGGCUCAGGAGGUCUAAGCGGGGAGUACAUCGCGAUCCUCCAGAGCUGGGAGAGGGCUCUGAGACGCUGCAUGAACUGAAUUCCAGUUUUCCAAGUGAAUCUCUUUCUCUAUGAUAAUUUGGAGACAGUGUGAGUUGAAUGCAACUGAAGCCACUUAUCUGCACCCAACAUUAGACGUCAAACCCAAAACUUGGCAGAGCCGAGAGGAAAUGUGAAACGGGGACAGAAUAACAGAAUACCUUUGAACUGGGUCAGAUAUUUUAGGGAAAACAUGGCCUUUGGUUGUUAUUCUCUUCAGUGAUGGUUUAUUUUUCUUUCUUUCUUUUUUCUUCGGAUGCCAAUUUAGGGUUGCUAUUUUUAUUUUUGUCUUCGGGAAAAUAUGUUGUCUCUUGGAAAUCUGAAGCACUUUCAGAUUUUGUAAUUGUGAAUCUACUUGAACAAUUAACUAAACUGUACAAGUGAAGAAACCUGUAUUAAGUGUGGUAAAUACACUGAGACUAAUAUGAUUAUAAAAACUAAAACAACAAGUGAAUUAAUUUGUUUACUGACUUAUUUUACACGGUUUAUGUAACUGGAAUAAAAACACAACUGUAUGGUGUUGCUCAUAGAAGAGGGAACCGUUCUUGGGGACAGUUUAGCUAAUACAAACAGUGGCAAAUAUAACAUUCAAAUCAACUUUACUGUUUGUUUCUUGCUGUGAGAGGGAAUCAAUCAGGCAUUGCAAUCCUUAUUGUCCCAGAAUGUAAAAUGGCACUAAAAAAAAUCCUGUAUCGACUAACACUACCUCACUGCAUUAAAAUAAUGUUUGUGUGCCUAUCAUAUUGAUUAAAACUAA